CAGGAAGAGAGCGCGAAGGCGUGAGUCUCGGAAAGUGAAGAGAAGAAAACCCUUCAGAGGACAGGACUGGCCGGUAUAUAACAGGAGUUACCCCUGGACUAAAGGGGGUUAAAUACUAUAUGUUUAUUGGUGGCUCCAGGAUGAAGGAUUCCCUGACCCUGCUAAAUCGGAUUACGGCUCACCCGGACUCUCGGUGCUGGUUCUUGGCCUGGAAUCCAACUGGGACCCUAUUGGCCUCCUGUGGGGGUGAUAAAACUAUCCGGAUCUGGGGCAAAGAGGAAGAUACCUGGGUGUGUAAAACAGUUCUCGGUGAAGGUCACCAACGUACCGUACGGAAAGUAGCAUGGUCACCUUGCGGAAAUUAUUUGGCAUCUGCAAGCUUUGAUGCCACUACCUGUAUCUGGAUGAAGAAGACCGAUACCUUUGAGUGUAUCACAACGCUUGAGGGCCAUGAAAAUGAGGUAAAGUCCGUAGCCUGGGCCCCUUCUGGUAACCUGCUAGCUACCUGCAGCCGUGACAAGAGUGUCUGGGUAUGGGAAGUGGAUGAAGAAGAAGAGUAUGAAUGCGUCAGUGUCCUUAAUUCACAUACCCAGGAUGUGAAGCAUGUGGUCUGGCACCCUAACCAGGAGCUGCUGGCAUCUGCCAGCUAUGAUGACUCGGUAAAGCUUUACCGCGAGGAGGAGGACGACUGGGUUUGCUGUGCCACGUUGGAAGGACACACAUCCACCGUUUGGAGCCUUGCUUUCGACCAGAGCGGAGAGCGGCUAGCCAGCUGCAGUGAUGACAAGACCGUGCGCAUAUGGAGACAGCUAGGAACUGAAGAAGGAAAAGGUGUGAGCAAAGAUGACCUCACCUGGAAGUGUGUCUGCACUCUGACCGGAUAUCACUCAAGGACUGUCUAUGAUAUAAACUGGAGUCGCCUGACGGGCUCAAUAGCUACAGCCUGCGGAGACGAUGCAGUCAGGGUUUUUGAGGAGGAUCCGGGCUCGGACCCCAUGCAGCCUACUUUCUCUCUCACGGCUCACAUGCCACGUGCCCACUCUCAGGAUGUUAACUGCGUGGCGUGGCAUCCCAAGGACGCAGAGCUCUUGGCCUCAUGCAGCGACGACGGCGAUAUUGCAUUCUGGCGUUACCAGCACUCAGAUUAACCUAUUUUCAAGUAGCUAGAUUCAAAUCGUGUGUGACGGAAAACCUCAAUGUCCAUUAGUAGUAAUUUCAAGUUUGAGUUAUCAGUGGUGUAAGAUUCUGUUGGGACUAUACUAAAAUUAUUGAAAAUAUUCAAAUAACCAUAGAACUCUCCAGGGACCUUUCCCUCACAAAUGUAAAGAUCAGAGUUUCUACCUUAAACUAUUAUCUUUAAUUGUAUGAUUGUAUUAAGAAUCUCCUCAUCUAUCCAUAGGCCUAAUAGAUUGGAUGUAAAAAAAAUAAAUGCCCCGUUCAAAGCCCUGUUAUCCCAAAAUAACGUCAAGGCUAUACACGAAGGGGUGGGGGGGUUCCAAUGUUCAACUAACCAUAUUUGUGGCCGAUGUAUGGAGUUUCGUCUUUGGUUUACGGAAAUUGCUGCUUUGCAGGUGCAUUGGGGCGUGUGACUACACCUGUCCAUAGGUGUGUAUGCAGUCAUUGGAUUCUACAGCAGAACGAUGCACUGUGGCUAUACGAUCGCUAGCACAAUGUAUAGAUUACAGUGACAUUUUCAAACCGUUUGUUUUCUUCUCAAAAUGCUAUUUGUUAAUAAUAUGCACUUGAAACAUGCUAAUAAAGUUUCUCGAGACCA